CGAACGCGCAGGUGUCUCAUCGUCACAACAACAACAAGAGAAGAUGUCGUCGCCGUCGCCCAAUUUACCUCCGUGUCCUCCUCAGCUGAAGACAGUGCAGCAUUAUCUCAAGAUUGCCAAUGACUAUGACAAGAGGGAGCCUGUGGUUGCCUAUUGGGUUCGUCUCUAUGCUCUACAGACGGCACUCAAAUUGGACCGCAAGUCGGCAGAAGCCCGUGCUCUGCUGACUGCCCUUAUGGAUUAUUUAGAAACCUUUAAGAAGACCCAUGCUGAUAAUGAAGCUGUAACAAGCGAUGUAGCAGGCCAAGCUCUUGUAGAAAAUGUUGUUCAUCGGCUCUUCUCGUGGGCAGAUAAUGAAGAUCGCAAUGAAAGGUUCAAUAAGAAUGUUGUGAAAGUAUUCUAUUCAGCUGGAUUGCUGUGUGAUGUCUGUGAGGUUUUUGGGGAGCUGACAGAAGAGGUGGCAUCCCAGAGAAAGUAUGCCAAGUGGAAAGCGACAUAUAUCCAUAAUUGCCUAAAGAAUGGCGAAAAGCCUAUCCCUGGGCCCAUGGGUGGAGAUGAUGAAGGCUUGGGAGAAGACGUAGGAGGAGAGGAAGCGCAAGGGGCUGUGGGUCAUAGUGGAGGAGCUGACUUAGGCUGGUCUCACCCACCUCAGCCAGGAAUGUCGCUACCAUCUGUGCCAAGUAGCGCAUCGGCAGGUGGUCUGCCAGAUGUGUCCUCUUCAACUCCACCUCCUUCAGUGCCAUCAGUUCCACAUUCUUUACCUCAGAUGCCUCGAGUCCAGCCAACACCAGAUGCAGUUAACGUCCCCCACGUGCCAGUGGGACAUACUACAAGCACUGGUGUUAAAUUGAGUCCAUCUGACAUGAAUAAAGCCCAGAAAUAUUGCAAGUGGGCAGUCUCUGCACUAGACUAUGAAGAUUCAAAAACUGCAAUAGAUAAUCUCCAGAAAGCAUUAAGUCUACUUAAAACAGGAAAGGACAGUUGAGACAAGAGACAGAGCUCUCUAUCUCGUAGUAAUGUCAUUUAUUAUUUUUGGUUAUUUCUGCAAUGAAAAUGUUAAGCCUCGUGUGUGAAAGCAAAUUAAAUUAUGUUUUAUAUCUAUAAUCAGAAUUUAUAUAUAUGUGUGAUAUAGAGUGAGUGAGUGAGUGAGUGAGUGAGUGAGUGAGUGAGUGAGUGAGUGAGUGAGUGAGUGAGUACGUAUGUG